CCCAAGCACGUGUCCGUAGUAGUAAUAACAUAAAAGGCUUUACUUACUUAGAACUUAUUAUCCAUUAAGGAAUUGAAAAAAAAACAGAAAAAAAACAAUUAGUAGUAAAACUUGACAUGGCGGCGGUUGGGGCGUGUAGGGUUAGGAAGAGCGAGUGUGCGGAGGUGAGAGAGGUUAUUUUGGGUGAACCUUACUGUGUGUCCGUACUGAAACAUGGCUACUGCCUGAGUCAGGAUGAUGGCUCUUUUCGGGCGGACGGCAGCAUUACUUUACUGACCGGACCCACGACUAUAUUAGUGGAUACGGGAGGGCCGUGGGACCGAGACUUCCUGCUUUCUAAACUGAAGGAAAAAGGAUUGUCGCCUGAUGAUGUGAGUUUGGUGGUCGGUACGCACGGGCACUCGGACCACGUGGGCAACUUAAACCUGUUUCCCAGAGCAACAGUAGUCGUGGGAUGCGACGUGAGUCAGGAGGACAGAUACCUGCCGAAUAAACUGGCAGAGGGCUCACCUUAUCCCAUUGACCCAUAUGUUUCCAUCAUCCCUACGCCUGGCCAUACUGGACGUGAUGUCAGUGUUCUUGUUAAGGGAACAGUUUUGGGACAAGUUCUUGUGGCUGGGGACCUGUUUGAGUGUUGUACUGAUGAAGACUCAUGGAGGGAGCUCAGCGAGAACCCAGAGGUACAGGACAUUUGUCGGCAGACAGCUUUAAGGACUGCUGAUGUCAUCAUUCCUGGACAUGGAGCACCGUUUAGGGUGUUCAGGGAAUCAGAAGACUAAGGACUGGAAAUUACCAAAGUAUAUUUGGGUCUGGGAAGCAGGAGUCUUUUAGACCUAUAUUUGGAAGUCAAAGGAAUAAAAAAGCAGGUUUAAUAUUUACAUGGUUGUACAAUGACACUAUUGUUUUAAUUAUUAUUUAUUUAUUUAGUAAUUAUUUUUUUGCAUUUUUCUAUGUGCCCCUUGGUAUCCGAAAACCAUAAAAAUGCCAUUAAAACUUUUUUUUUUUUUUUUUAUAACCAAGGGUCAGAGGAUACACUGUAUGCUACCUAAUGAAUAUCAGUAGAGAUCAGUAACACAGCUUUUAUGGUUUAUUUAUUUAAUUAUUUUAUGAAUAAAAUAAACAAUCAGCAAUGA